GAUUAUUUAUUGCUAUACUUGUAAUAUUAUGCCUCGGAGUUCGUGAUGAAUUGCCUAUCAUUAACAGAACAUAUAAAGUAACCAAUAGUCUGCCCAUACCAGGGAAUCAUAAUUGUGCAAACUUUGUCAAUAAAUCUAUAUUCGAUGCUUCUCAGUCUAAAUAUUUUACAGCGUUUUUACCGAAUUCCAAAGCAAUUUCUUACACUGGCUAUACUCUUACGAUAAAUAUCACGGAUCCAAAAUACAACAUUUCUAACCAAAAUGAUUAUAUGGAAAUGUAUGCUUAUGAUAAAGAAUAUGAUUCAAAGCCAUUAAAUUACGCAGAAAUUUCAUUUGAUGAUUCACUUUUGCUAAAGAACAUGUAUUUUUUUGGGCAACCUAGAAAUGACAUAGCUCAUUAUGAAUGGACAUUUGAUAGGUGCAUAAGGCACGCUCUGAUUCCAGAUAUUUUAAGUUACUUUGGCAGACAAAAAUAUAUUGAUAUACCUUAUAUCGAUUCACAUAUGUCGACUGUUACUACCGCGAUUUCGGAUCUUCGCACAAAUAAUACUUACGCAAUACUACGAUUUAUCUUAAAUCCACCCUUUAUUGUGACGGAAGAAACUGAAGAAAGGAGCAAAACUAUCUUGAGCUUAUUAGGUAUUACUGGUGGUGUUUGGGGAGUUUUUGCAGCUUUUUACGUAUUUUUGUUUGGACCUGGAUUAAUCUCCCCAUGGGGCUUUGUACAAAAAUCAAAGUUAUUUAGAAAUCAAUAUGAAAAAAACGUUUUGACGUUUGCUGAAGAACCAGAUGCCACUAAAGAUUUUAAUUCCACAAUGCAAAACCGACUCAAUAAUUUAGAAAAGAGAAUUCAAUUCUAUGAAAGCUACAUUAUCGACAAUUCAUUAUUAGUUUACCAAAAAAGAUGA